UCAUGAGUAAGGACACAGACGAGGAGGGAACAGCCAACGGGCCCGGUGCAGGGAGCAUGGGCAGGUGGGCUGGGCUGACAGGGGACAGCCCUCGGCGCUGGGCUGGGCAGUCAAGGCUUUAUCCUGGCAGCCCUGGAGAGUCACCAGAUGGCGUUUUAGGGAGGAGGUGACUAUGUUCAGAUGUAUCAGGCACUUUUCCAAAGUGCAGAAAUGACAUUUCCGGUUGGUCCUGAAUGUCUGCCUUGGCCCGGCUGCCUGAUAUCGUGCACAGGGCAGUUAACCAUUCAACCGAUAACACAUGUGCCCACGCAGGCCCUCCUCAAAGGGCAAGGCUGGCCCCCAGCCAGGGUCUGGAGCAGCCCCACUGACGAGGGACCUGAUGAAGCGGAUGGGACUCGGGGCCUCUGCAUGACUCCGGCGGGCGCCUGAGCGAGCCCGGCAGCCGGCCAGCGGGGCCAUGGCCAGCACGGCCGUGCAGCUGCUGGGCUUCCUGCUCAGCUUCCUGGGCCUGGUGGGCACGCUCAUCACCACCAUCCUGCCGCACUGGCGCCGCACGGCGCACGUGGGCACCAACAUCCUGACGGCCGUGUCCUACCUGAAGGGGCUGUGGAUGGAGUGCGUGUGGCACAGCACGGGCAUCUACCAGUGCCAGAUCUACCGCUCGCUGCUGGCGCUGCCGCGAGACCUGCAGGCGGCCCGCGCGCUCAUGGUCAUCUCCUGCCUGCUGUCGGGUGCGGCGUGCGCCUGCGCCGUGGUGGGCAUGAAGUGCACGCGCUGCGCCAAGGGCACGCCCGCCAAGGCCACGUUCGCCGCGCUGGGCGGCGCGCUCUUCAUCCUGGCCGGCCUGCUGUGCAUGGUGGCCGUCUCCUGGACCACCCACGACGUGGUGCAGAACUUCUACAACCCGCUGCUGCCCAGCGGCAUGAAGUUCGAGCUCGGGCAGGCCCUGUACCUCGGCUUCAUCUCCUCGUCCCUGUCGCUCAUCGGUGGCACACUGCUCUGCCUCUCUUGCCAGGACGAGGGGCCCACCAGGCCCUACCAGGCCCAGCCCAGGGCCACCGCGGCCACCGCCGCACCCGCCUACCGGCCGCCUGCCGCCUUCAAGGACAACCGGGCCCCCUCGGCCACCUCGGCCUCGCUCAGCGGGUACAGACUGAACGACUACGUGUGAGUGCCCAGGGCCUGUCCCUCCCCGAGCGCACAGACGCAGCAGGACCCGGACUCGCUCCGAUGCCGGAUCCCGGCACACAGCUGAGCUCUGGGCUACUUUUGUGUCCGGAGGAGUAAUAUGAGCACGAGGGAGUGGGCCUAGAACACAGGGAAGGAGGGAAAAAUAAGGGAAGGGGAGAAAAACUCUGUAUACCAAAGACUUCAUCCUUUCUGGGGUUUUAUUUAUUAUAUGUAUUUAUGUGGGUGAUUUAAUAACAUCUGAAUGAAAAGCAGCUUGGGAGUUUGGUCUGUGGAGUUUAUUUGCAAUACAGGAAUAAACCUUUUGGAUGUGGUUGUUAAUGAAAUGGACAGUAUCCGUUUCCGUUUCCAGUCUGUUCUGUCUGCUGAGGUCACAACCACAGCACACUGUCAGGGCCCCACCUUGCAAAACAAUGGGGACACUCCGGGGUUGGCCCCAACCCACGCAUGAUGGGAAAAUCAGAGUAGGGCCGGGCUGAUAUUCGUCUAAAAGCUGUUUGAGCCACACACACCAAAAACAGUCACUCCAGCUUAAGCUAAGAGACAGGGCAGGAAGUGCAGGGCUUCCUAGGGGGAAAGAUAGUUGCCAUAAAUCCCACAGUAAAGAUAAUGUUGUUUUCUACUGGUAGCCCCCACUAGUAAGGAAGCAAAAGUCAGCAUUAAAAAGACAAAGCAAAAGGUGCCUCGUGGCUUGGCUCUCUGGGCAUUGGCAAGAAGCCCAGUUAGGAGCACUGCUCAUGCCCCAGGGCCCCGCAGGAAACCACUGGCUUCUUUUCUGGGCACAGAAGCAGGUUGGCAGCUGCCAUCAGAGGGGGUACAGAGUGUGUUGACUUCUCCUUUGGCUGGAAAGAACCACUGAGAGGACCAGAUGAGCUCUGACUGCUUUAAGAACAUUGAUGAUGCUUUCUGGUUGUGAUCUAAAUCACAUGGUCAAAGAGCUGUCACGCACACACACACUGCUCUCCCAUUAACCUGGGGACCUUGGCCCUCUUCUGUGUUUGUCCAUUUCACAGCCUUGCCCAUCAUGUGCCCUGAUGGUGCCCUGCUCGUGCCUCUGUCCUGAACCUCAAGUUCUCAAUGUCUAAAGAAUAUACCCUGUCCUACAGAAGGACUGAGCCUGAGACCUAGACACGGGGCAGUAAUUACACAAAUCUCUCCAUUCUCAAGGGGCUUUGGAGAAGGACCACGAGGGCUCCAGCAGUCACUGCCUACAGAGGAGACAGCCACAGCAGGUCAGCACAGACACAGAGCCAGCUGGCCUGGCUCACUGGGGUGGCGACCAGGACCAGGAGGGUAGAAGGGGAGCCUCCCAGACAAGGGUCAAAGGCCCAGGCAGGCCGCAGCCUGGAGCCCCUGGACCCAACAUGUCCAGAGGUGGGUUUAUACUCCGCUGACUUCAUGCUUCCUCCCUCCUGUCAGGGUCCUCCAGGCCCUCAGACCAGGCCAUUGAGAUGGUGACGAGAAACACAGCCACCAUGUGCUUCUCCUCCAGGCAGAGGCUCUCAGCAGUAAUGUGUGUCCACUGUCAGACCCUCUGGUUCCUUGAGGCCUUACCAGUUACAGCUCCUAAACUACCCUGUUGCUGAGUUCUGGCAAUAGGAAAACCUUCCUGACGUGAAGGCGUGGGGGUUAAAGGAGCAGCUCUCUACUACUUUUUGCUGACCUUAUGACCCCAGGCGACAGGUGCAACCUCUGUUUGGAAGGAGGGGGUGCUGUACCUUUUAGCUUUAAUCUGACCACAGAGAAGCUAAGAGUUCUGGGAUCUGCCAUCCCAUCCAGGCCAGGGAGUUAGACAGGGAAGGUCAUCAUUCACGUAGGAUGAAAAAAGCAAUUUUAACCUACUCUUUAAAUUAUACAAAUAAAUCAAUCUGAACCAAUAAAGAAGGGAAAUAAAAUCUUCUAAAAACAGAAUGAUAUUCUGUUAGCCUGCCUUGAUGGUCGUGGUCUAGAAUGUGUCUGGUGAAGUUAUUCUAGGGUCAAUUACAAAUUAAAGAAAAAUAAAAUAACUUUUUUUCAAAUUAUUUCUUCAAUUCUGUUACUACAAAAUAAAACA